UUACCAAUUGAUCUUUUACUAUUAGGUCAUUUUAUUUUGGCUGCUGUUUAUGUUACUUGUAACUGCCUCACUAUUACUAUGUCAAAUGAACAAGUUAAUAUUUUGAAAACUCUUACUAUUAAUGUUAAUGAUAACAUUACCCAAGACAAUAACAAUACAAACAUCUAA